AUGCCACAUUCAGUCACACCGGAAUCAAUGUCUGCGGACGAGUCCUCCGGGCCAAUGUCGCAGGUCGAUCCGGUUAAAACGGAGCCAGAAACACAGGACAUCGCCAUGGAGGACGUAUCAAAUGCACCCACAACAGAGCUGGCCAAAGUAAACUUGGACGAACUAUUCGACGAUGAGGACUCAGACGAGGAGUUUGGGUCAAGCGCACCAGGCGUUAAAACUGAGGAGGAGCCCUCGCAACCAGCGCCAUUUAAGAUCACACCCAAGUCUUCCUUUUCAGACCCCGAGAUCAUGCGCGCCUUCUAUCAACGCCUCUUCCCCUUCCGAUACCUCUUUCAAUGGCUAAACCACUCCGCAACGCCUUCCAAUGACUUCAAGCACCGCGAAUUCGCCUUCACGCUCCCCAACGACGCAUACCUACGCUACCAAUCCUUUCCCUCAGCCGAUGUCCUACGGAAACAAUGUGUGCAAAUGCUGCCCUCACGUUUCGAAAUCGGACCCAUGUACAGCACAAACCCGCGCGACCGCAAAACACUGCGAAAAGCCAGCGCCUUCCGGCCAUUGAUGAAAGAGCUCGUCUUCGAUAUCGACAUGACAGAUUACGACGACAUCAGAACAUGCUGCACAGGCGCUAGCAUCUGCCACAAAUGCUGGGCAUUCAUCACUAUGGCGAUAAAAGUCGUCGACGUAGCAUUACGCGACGACUUCGGCUUCAAACACAUCCUAUGGGUGUACUCGGGUCGCCGCGGCGCCCACGCCUGGGUAUGCGACAAGCGGGCGCGAGAAAUGGACGACCAGAAGCGCCGCGCCAUCGCAGGCUACCUCGAGCUCCUCAAGGGCGGCGACCAAGGCGGCAAGAAAGUAAACGCCCGCCGCCCCCUCCACCCCCACAUCGAGCGCAGCCUCAACAUCCUAAAAGAGCACUUCCAAACCUCCAUCCUCGCCGAGCAAGACCCCUGGGCCACGGACGAAAAAGCAGCCCACCUCCUCAACCUCCUCCCCGACGCCACGCUCCGCGCCGCCCUGCAGAAGAAAUGGGACUCGUCGCCUCAGCGCCCCAGCGCCUCGAAAUGGAGCGACAUCGACGCCCUUGCCAAAUCCGGCGCCCUGUCAAAGUCCUCCAGAGACCUCCUCGAGGCAAAACAGGAUAUCGUCCUCGAAUACACGUACCCGCGCCUCGACGCAGAGGUCUCCAAGAAACUAAACCAUUUGCUCAAAAGUCCGUUCGUCAUACAUCCUGGUACGGGCCGCGUCUGUGUGCCUAUUGACACGCGGCGCGUCGAGGAGUUUGACCCGCUCGGCGUGCCGACUGUGACGCAGCUGCUGGCGGAGAUUGACGAGUGGCAGGGUGAGGAGGGGGAGAAGAAGGUGCAGGAUUGGGAGAAGACGAGCCUGAAGCCGUAUGUUGAGACGUUUAGGCGGUUUGUUGCGGCGUUGCUCGAGGAGGAGAAGCCUAUCAAGCGGGAGAGGGAGAGGGAGGAGGGGACUGAUGCAAUGGAGUUUUGA